AAAAAAAAUUGACUUUUCUUACAGGAAGGUGAGGUGAAAGGUGAGUCCGCGUUCGAAACGAAAAAAAAACUAAGCAAAGUUCAAAACCUAGAGGCAGGGGAUACGAUUACCAGCUACGACGAUCCCUAAGAAAGCUACAGGUACAAUCCCUUUUAAACUCCCAUAGCCGCCCUCCAUCGCCCUUGCUCCAAAAUGGAGUUAAAGUCAGUCGCAUUUCCGCCCGAUACUCCUCCGCUCUCGGUCAUAGCUGCUGCUAAGGUUUCCGGGAUCUCUCUCCCCAUUGACACUUCCGAUUCUUCUGAUUCUCCUCCAUUUUUUAAGUUCUCUGAUGGGCUAAAACUGCAUGGAACAUAUGUAUUGCUUCGAUAUGUUGCUCGAAUUUCCCCCAUUCCUAAUUUCUAUGGGAAGAAUGCAUAUGAAUCUGGCCAGAUUGAUGAAUGGCUGGAAUAUGCUCCUGUCCUUUCAUCUGGUUCUGCAUUUGAGACCGCAUGCAAGUAUGUGGAUAUUUAUUUAGAGGGCCGCACAUUUGUAGUGGGUCAUUUUUUGUCAAUUGCAGAUGUAGCAAUUUGGUCAGGUCUUGCAGGAACUGGGCCAAGAUGGGAAAGUUUGAGGAAGUCAAAGAAGUAUCAAAAUCUUGUAAGAUGGUUCAAUUCAAUCUUGGUAGAAUAUAGUGAUGAUUUAACAGAAGUUCUUGCUACAUAUGUUGGCAAAAGAGGAAAGCCAGUGCCUGUCAAAUCAAAAGAGCAUCAAGGAGUUAGCCAAUCCACAAAGAGUGUAAAUGGAGAUGUUUCUAAAGCAGGAAGCAGGUCUACAUUUGAAGUAGAUCUUCCAGAUGCUGAGAUUGGAAAGGUGAAACUGAGAUUUGCCCCAGAACCCAGUGGUUAUCUUCACAUUGGACACUCAAAAGCAGCACUGUUGAAUCAGUAUUUUGCUCAAAGAUACCAAGGAGAAAUUAUUAUACGUUUUGAUGAUACAAAUCCUGCAAAAGAGAGCAAUGAGUUUGUGGACAAUCUUCUAAAGGAUAUCGAGACCUUGGGCAUCAAGUUUGAAACUGUUACAUAUACUUCGGAUUACUUCCCUCAGUUGAUGGAAAUGGCUGAAAAAUUGAUUCGCGAGGGUAAAGCAUAUGUUGAUGAUACCCCACGUGAGCAAAUGCAGAAAGAAAGGAUGGAUGGAAUUGAAUCAAAAUGCAGAAACAACAGCAUAGAGGAGAAUCUGAAAUUAUGGAAGGAAAUGAUUGCAGGAUCUGAAAGGGGUCUGCAGUGCUGUGUGCGGGGGAAACUGGAUAUGCAGGAUCCUAACAAGUCACUUCGGGAUCCUGUAUAUUACCGUUGCAAUCCAAUUCCUCAUCAUAGGAUUGGGUCAAAGUACAAGAUAUACCCAACUUAUGAUUUUGCAUGCCCAUUUGUUGAUUCUAUUGAGGGUAUAACACAUGCUCUUCGAUCUAGUGAGUACCACGAUCGCAAUGCUCAAUACUAUCGAAUUCUUGAGGAUAUGGGUUUGAGAAAGGUCCUUUUAUAUGAAUUCAGCCGGUUGAAUAUGGUUUAUACACUUCUUAGCAAGCGUAAGCUUCUAUGGUUUGUUCAAAAUGGAAAGGUUGAUGGAUGGGAUGAUCCUCGUUUUCCAACUGUCCAAGGAAUUGUGCGAAGGGGUCUGAAAGUUGAAGCAUUGAUUCAGUUCAUUCUUGAGCAGGGAGCUUCAAAAAAUCUUAAUCUCAUGGAGUGGGACAAACUUUGGACCAUAAAUAAGAAGAUAAUUGAUCCUGUGUGUCCUAGGCAUACAGCUGUCAUUGAAGAGAGGCGUGUGUUGUUGACCCUGACUAAUGGACCCGAGGAACCAUUUGUCCGCAUCAUUCCUAGGCAUAAGAAAUACGAAGGUGCGGGUGAGAAGGCUACAACAUUUACCAAGAGGAUAUGGUUAGACUAUGCCGAUGCUGAGUUAAUUGCAGCAGAUGAGGAAGUUACUUUAAUGGAUUGGGGGAAUGCUAUUAUUAAGGGAAUUGAGAAGGACCAAGAAGGAAAGGUAACACAGUUAACAGGAGUUCUGCAUCUUGAAGGAUCUGUGAAGACUACAAAGUUGAAGCUUACCUGGUUACCUGAAACAAAUGAGCUGGUUAACCUCUCAUUGAUGGAGUUUGAUUAUUUAAUUACAAAGAAGAAGCUUGAAGAAGGUGAGGAUUUCCUGGAUGUUCUUAAUCCAUGCACUAAAAAGGAGACUGCAGCCCUUGGGGAUUCAAACAUGCGAAACCUGAAGCGGGGGGAUGUAUUGCAGCUGGAGAGGAAAGGAUAUUUCAGGUGUGAUGUUCCUUACGUUAGGCCUUCAAAACCUGUAGUCCUACUUGCAAUCCCAGAUGGCAGACAACAGACUGGUUUGAAAUAAAAGCUUUUGCAGUGCAGCAUUGUGAGCAGGGAGCGCAGUGGUUAUUUUCAUUUCCUAGUACAAGUUUUCACUACAUUGAGGAUUGUUGAUCUAGUGUCGACCUAAUGUUUUUCUAAACUAUUGAAUGGAGCAAUAAUAAUUUAACUUUAUA